AACUGGGCGUUGUGGCGUGCGCCUGUACUGUAAUCCAAGCUGCAUUUCAAAGUUUCAAAUUGAUGCAGCAGCGCAGGGGUUCGAAGUUCGGCACACGUAUAUGGUUGACGCUCCCACAUCGCUGCGAAGCACAUCGAUGAGAAGUACAUUGGCUAUAGGCCGAUAUUUCAUUGAAAUCUUCAAAAUAUGAAAAAUCUGACUACCUAAGUUACGGCAUAGACUGUUCGUUCCUGUAUUUUGCUGGACAUUAGAAUUACCAAAGUUACAGCAUAGCUUGUUCGUUCCUGUAUUUUGCUUGAAGUUAGACUUCCCGUAAACAAAGAAGAACAGGUGCAAGCCCGAUAUGAGCCUCUAAUGGAAGCAGAUGAUGAUGAUGAUGAUGAUGAUGACAAUAGCAAUAAGAACAUCAAAACCUUCAAGCAGACAAGGCAAGUUAAGGGAGCAAGGAAGAGAUUCUGCUAAGCACUCCAACCGAAGAACGUGUAAUAUUCUGGGAAAGAUGAAGGAUUUGAGACGGUACAGAGUUCAUGCAGGAGGCAAACAAAGGAACAAGAAAGGUCAGCCGACGUACCAUGAUAGAAGGGAAGAGAGGAUAACAUUAGGACGUUAUCUGCUGAACCGAUUGAUGCAUGUUGACAACAGAUGUCAAAAGGGAGGAGAAUGUUUAUCUGAUAUCUUAGAAAAGCAAAAAGGAAAGAAUAAAGGGUACCAACAAGAACCCAAACACCAACAAUGUGAUAACUCCUCUUGGGGAUUACUGCCUGACUUGCGGUUAUUAGACCGCUUUUCAUCUAAUGAUUUGGGACCAUGUAGGAGUGUGCAUAGUGUACAAAGCCAUUCAUUUAUGCAGUUUCACUCCAUUGGUUUGUAUUGAUGAAAUUUAUAUCCAAUCCCAAUCGGUGCCAUACAAGCCUGGUGUCUGUAAAUGCUCCUGUGAGUAAUGUGCUGACCAGGUUUAUCCCUGAAAUUGUUAGUGAACGGAGCAGCUGGAGGAUCCCAGCCCUUGGUGAUAAAUGCUGGGUAUUGUGGUGAAUAAUAAUGUUUAAUAUCAUCAAAACACUUGUCUACAAACAGGAAAAACAAUUUAGAAAUUUGUUUUAUUGACAAGAUUUGAUGAUGAUAACUUAUGAAAUUUAGAUAAUUGAAAAUGUGUCACAGAUAUGUAAUCCCCUCUCACCCAUAUUUAGUGUUUGUCGUCCAGUUAAUCAUUUGUCGUCCAGUUUAUCAUUACUCUAAACAAAAGACUUUAAUGAAGAGCACACCUUCAAGACAAGGAUUGACUAACUCCUCACUACUUGCGCACUUAUUUCAAAGAAAAACGUUUAUCAACCAUAAUCUGUCAGUCUCAUUGGCUACCAGACAAAUCGCCUGCCCACAAAUGCUACAGGUCCUUGAAAUUGUCAAAGAAAAGACCACUUAGAGGACAUUGGCUCGUCUAAAAUGUAACUGGACUCUGUGAUGGGUCACUUUCUAUAAAUUUGUUUAUUAUCAUCUGAACAAUUUCAGCUUUCUUAUCAUUGCAGAAUUUUUGUUUAUUUUGAUUUUCAACAGUUUUUUUAAAUUAUAGUUCACAAUCUGCUUCAUAUGUAAACCCCAACUGAGAUGUGCAAUACAAAAAGAAAUCAAAAGUAAAUCAAUGAUUCAAGACUUAUAAAAGCCAUGUCCACCCCAAGAACAAAUGGAUUUGGACGAAAAGGGAAAAAUCAAACGAACAUGCUUUAUGCUGAAAAUUUCAUCAAAAUUGAAUGUUAUGUCAGUUCAAAGUUUUUCUGUAUUCAGCAAAACAGUUAUAUACACAUCAUGCUUUGUAUGCAAUUUAGAAAGUGAUGACAUCAAGUCACUAUUUCUUUUGUAUUUUUAUUAAAUAAAAUAUGAAAUAUUUCAUUUUUUCCUCCUUAGGAAACAAACCAAGUUUGAUUCUAUUCUCACAUUCUUCAUAAACCAUUGAUAAAACCUGUUGUGAAGAAAUUAAGUGUAUCUGUGUUAUCAUAUUUUCAAAAACAUGAAAUUUGGUAUGAUUUAAGUAAUAACAUGCAAAAGAAGUAGUGAGUAUGUGACAUCAUCAACUCAUUGAUUUGGACAUGACCACGAUUUGGUUAUAACUGUUUUGUAUAAGAUAACCAAUAUUUUAAAAUUACAUUACUUUCUUAUUUUCCAUGCAAUUUGUAUUAAGUGUGUGACAUAAUGUUUCCUAGAUUGUCCUCUUUUGGUUCAAAUCAAUUUUUGUUGGGGGUGGACUACUCCUUUAAGGAAAGUGUCUUAAAUUGGUUACUUAUGUUACAUUUAUGUAUUGUUUUAUAUUAUCCAUUUACUACUGUUUUAUUUGUCACUGCACUUGAGUGUUUCGUGAUUACCAAUGUAUUCAGAUAAUUGGAAAUUCAGUUUUGCUGUUGUGAUUCUUUUGUGAAAUGGUGAUUGAAUGUAAAAAAGAAAAUUUGCAUCCAUUUUAGAUUUCAGUUCAUAUGUCUGCCUUUUGGAGAAACAGUUACCUGACUAGAUUUCAAAGUGUGAAGAUUGAAGGUCUAUAGUGUUUUUUUGUUCAUGGAAAUAGAAAGUAAGAAAUAUUUUUCUGGUCGGGCAGUGGCGGAGGCAUACAUUUUGACCGUGCACAGUCGAGAUUUAUCUAGUUUUCAAUGAGAAUUGUGGCAACAUCAUUUUAAUCACCAAAAAACAUAGAUUGUUUUGACUGAGUAAAAGUAGAAAUAAUGACACAUUCAUGAAUUUUGGGAGAAAAGUUUAUUUGAUUUGUUUUGAUCAUUACAGCAUUUUAAAGCCUGACAGUCAUUUACAUAAUAUUGCAUAACUUGAGAACCACAUAUAUGAAUUUGAUAUGGAACAAUGUGCAAAGCUUGUAUGUAAAUUGUGUUGAACCACUGU